AUGGCGGACAAUCCUUACAACUCGUCUGACCUGAAUUCGGUACUGCAGACGUUAUCCAGCUUAGCAUCGCUGAACAGCUCUCAAAAUGCAUCAAUACCUCGAAGAGAGGCUCCUCAGAUACCACAAAGACAGAAGCAGGAGAUCCGCCCAUCAGAGAGGCCAUAUUCCAAUCCGCCAAGGUCAAGCACGGGGACCCCUACCACCGACCCAGCAACUAUCACCACCUGGCCGGCCGCCCUGCGCUAUGUAAUGCGUGCCGUCGGCCAAAGCGAAGAAACCCAACUUCGAAUCCGCGGUCUGAUUAGAAGUCAACAUAGCCAUGAGCAACAAUGGUGGAAGGCCCGCGAGAUCCUUCUCGGGAAGCAACAAGCCCGCGGAGAGAAAAAGAAGGAGCUCGAUGCUGUAUUACGCUCUAUUGGCGCACCCGUCGACUCGAAAGAGGUAUCAAGUAUGGAAGAAGAUAAAGAAGAGCUCGCAAACUACGACGCCAAAGUCUAUAGAGCUUCCGCGCAGAUGACAGAUGCCAUGACAGCGGAGCUACGCGGGCUCAAGAUACCCUUUUUUGUUAUUCAACAGAGCCUUAUCCAAGAGCCAACCGAAUCGAACUCUAUCAAAGGAUUCUCUGCUCAGGAGAAGAGGCUUGAAGGUUCAGCGACUGUGACGAAAGCUGAGUUGGCUUCGUUACAACGGCGCAUGCUAGAAUUGCUUCAGGAUCUUUGCAAGGAAUGA